AUGCACGUCCAGUACGUCAAGAAGAGCAGCGAGGACAAGGACGCGAUCGAGUACGUCCUCACCGAUCACCUCCGACUCUCCGGCAUGUACUGGGGCCUGACGUCGCUGGAUCUGCUCGGCCGCCUCGACGUCGUGGACGCGGACGAGAUUUGCGACUUUGUGCAGCGGUGCUGGGUGCCGGACGUGGGAGGGUACGCGCCGUGCGUGCACCACGACGCGCACGUGCUCUACACCCUCAGCGCGGUGCAGAUCCUCGCGCUCUUCGACCGCAUGGAGCUGAUCGAUCGCGACGCCAUCGCGUCGUUCCUCAACUCGCUGCAGCGCGAGAGCGACGGCGCCAUCAUGGGCGACGAGUGGGGAGAGGUUGACACGAGGUUCGCGUAUUGCGCUUUGUCGAUAUCGACGCUCAUCGACAGGCCGCGUUGCAUCGACCGGGGAAAGGUUGUGGAGUGGAUCGACAAGUGCAAAAACUUCGACGGCGGGUACGGCAGCGACCCUGGGGGUGAGUCGCACGCCGGUCAGGUGUUUACGUGCGUGGGGGGCUUGGCGCUGUGCGACGCCGUCGAUCGGAUCGAUCACUUCUUCCUCGGGUGGUGGCUCGCGGAGCGACAGGUCAAGGCUGGUGGGCUCAACGGCCGCCCGGAGAAGCUCCCGGACGUGUGCUACAGCUGGUGGGUGCUCUCGUCGCUGUGCAUCAUGGGGAAGAUGCACUGGAUCGAUCAGAAGGCGCUCGCGAGGUUCAUCCUCGGGUGCCAGGAUGACAAGAAAGGGGGCAUCGCCGAUCGGCCGGAUGACGAGCCGGAUGUAUAUCACACGUUCUUCGGGCUCGCGGCGCUGUCGCUGAUGGGGUUUCCGGGCAUCAAGCCGAUCGAUCCGGUGUUCGCGCUGCCGACGCACGUGUGCGAGCGCAUCGGGGUCAUGCGCACCGCAGCCGACGGGACGGUGGUGGGACGUAAAGAGAAUCCAACGAGUACAAAAGGCGAAUCGGCAGAGCCGUGA